UUUAAACAUAAAGAAAAUCCCGAUCAGUAGAAGGUGGCUUGCAACGAGAGAGAAAAUGCUUAGAAGAUUGUUGAUAAACCAAGCUUCCACUUGCCGUUUUUUCCUAUCAAACAAAGCAGCAACUUCUCCUUCUCCUUCAUUUCCUUUGCUUUGCAAUUCUUCUACUUUCUCCUAUUUUUCAUCUUCAUCUUCGCAAUCAGAAGUCCCUAACAGUACUUUCGCCGAACACUUGGAGAACCACAAUGCCCAACCCACCAGCACCAUCUCCAUUGACCGCUCCGGCCUUUAUAAUCCUCCUGAGCAUUCUCACGAACCCACUUCGGAGUCGGAGCUUAUCAAGCACCUUAAAGGCAUUAUCAAGUUCCGAGGUGGCCCAAUUACAGUGGCAGAGUAUAUGGAAGAAGUUCUGACAAACCCCAAAGCUGGGUUCUACAUUAAUCGAGACGUGUUUGGAGCAGAUGGUGAUUUUAUAACAUCUCCUGAAGUUAGCCAGAUGUUCGGGGAGAUGAUUGGCGUAUGGGCUAUGUGUUUAUGGGAGCAAAUGGGACAACCAAAAAAUGUAAACCUUGUUGAGCUUGGUCCAGGACGAGGAACUCUCAUGGCCGAUCUUCUGCGUGGUGCAUCAAAAUUUAAGACCUUCACUGAAUCAUUGCACAUACACAUGGUAGAAUGCAGCCCUGUGUUGCAGAAGCUUCAACAUCAUAACUUAAAAUGUGUGGAUGAAAAUAAUACGGGUGACAGUGUUGAUGAAAGGACUAUUAGCUCGUUGGCAGGAACACCUAUAUCAUGGCAUACUUCACUGGAGCAGGUUCCUUCAGGAGUGCCUGCAAUCAUCAUUGCCCAUGAGUUUUAUGAUGCUCUACCAGUUCACCAGUUUCAGAGGGCUUCUCGUGGCUGGUGUGAGAAAAUGGUUGAUGUUGCUGAGAAUUCAAAGUUUCAUUUUGUUCUAUCUCCACAGCCAACACCUGCAACUCUCUAUUUAAUGAAGCGCUGUAAAUGGGCAGCAACUGAAGAAAUAGAGAAGCUUAAUCACAUUGAGGUUUGUCCAAAAGCAAUGGAUCUGACUCAUACGAUUGCCAAAAGAAUAAGCUCUGAUGGAGGAGGUGCUCUUAUAAUUGAUUAUGGUCUAAAUGGAAUAAUCUCUGAUAGUUUGCAGGCAAUUAGGAAACACAAGUUUGUCGACAUACUAGACAAUCCUGGUUCUGCUGAUCUCAGUGCAUAUGUUGAUUUUGCUUCUGUCAAGCACUCUGCUGAGGAAGCUUCAGAGGAUGUUUCAGUCCACGGCCCAAUUACUCAGUCCCAAUUUCUCGGUUCCCUUGGCAUAAAUUUCCGUGUGGAAGCAUUGCUGCAGAACUGCACAGAUGAACAAGCUGAAUCCCUAAGGACAGGAUACUGGCGUAUGGUGGGCGAAGGCGAAGCCCCCUUCUGGGAGGGACCAGAAGAACAGGCGCCUAUAGGAAUGGGUACCAGGUAUUUGGCAAUGGCUAUUGUGAACAAAAGGCAAGGCGUUCCUGUUCCAUUUCAAUGAAGUUUUUUAGAGGCCUCGCGUUUUGUAAGAUUCUUUGUUAAGCACCUGUACAUUAAUAUCUAGCAUCCAAUAAAUUUUUACACUGUCUGGGAAAAAGUACAUGAAACGAAAGAAAAUAAAGAGGGAAAAUACGAGGAUUUCUUCAUUUAUUUUCAGCA